GAGGCAUUGGCCGGGAGGCCUCACUCUGCCUCCUGCCAGCCGUCGCUCCAGGCUCCUCUUGCUCGCUCUGCAGCUCCUCCGCGGCUUCCUUGUGCCCCAGAAACCAGCGCCAAGAUGCCAUCCCAGCUAGAACACGCCAUGGAGAACACCAUGUUCACUUUCCCCAAAUUUGCGGGUGACAAGAACUAUCUGACGAAGGAAGAUCUCCAGCAGCUGAUGGAGAAGGAGGUCCCUGGAUAUAUGGAAAACCAGAAAGAUCCGAUGGCCAUCAACCCGAUCGUGAAGAAUCUAGAAGAGUGUCGGGAUGGCAAAGUCAGCUUUGAGGGCUACCUCUCUCUCAUUACUGGGCUCACCAACGGAUGCAACAAGUAUUACGCAACAAGAUGA